AUGAACGUUACUCCUGAGCAUAUUUCGAACUUCUUCAAGCCGUCAACAUAUGCAACAACGAAAUCGAACAAAGAUCGAAAAGAACGUCUUGCUUCUGAUUUAACAUUAAUGUGUUGUUGCGAUCUCCUGCCAUUUUCUAUUGUAUCUAAUGAAGGGUUCCAAGAUUUUUUGAUGGCUUAUAAUAUUGUUAACACUGUCGACGAUAUUCGUUCUCGCGCAACACUCAAUCCUUUUCAUUUAAACCAAUUAUAUAAUGCAUACAUGGAUCGUCUCAAUGAAGAAUUGAAAGAAGCACCGUAUUUUCCAGGUAUGACAUGCGAUAUGUGGACAGACAAAUAUAGGCAUCGCUCUUGUAUUUGCUUCACUCUUCGCUUCGUUGAUUCCUUAUUUAUUUCACAUUCUUAUACUCUUCUAAAUGAACCAUUCGAUCAUCCGCAUACGGCUGAAGCGAUUAAGCAACGUUUGAUCAAAGUCUGCGACGAUUUCGGCUUGAAUAGUGGGAAAAUUAUUAUUGCAUCAGAUAAAGGUUCGAACGUACAAAAAGCUUGGCGUCUCGUACAUGUUAUGCAUUUAUCACGUGCUGCCCACGGUCUACACAAUUUACUUAUGGUCGAUGUUAUUCCCAAGAUCGAUGGACUGUCAGAAUUGCUGGAUAAAGUUCAAACAAUCAUCUCCAAACUGAGAUAUCGUGAAAAUGAACUACGUGAUGCAUUUUUAUCAUCGAGCACUGACUCAAAUGCUGCUAUGAUUGAAGACAUUCUUACAGUAUCUGAAUUAUUGGAUGCUGAUAUAUCGUCUCGGACUGAACUUGAUGAAGAAGACGAUGACAAUACAUCGAUCGCAUUGCGUCUGACAACGACGAUCGCAUGUGAAGAACAUCUAAUAAAUUGUUCGAUUGAAUCAAAACAAUUUUACACAUUUGAAAAAACGAGUACCCACACGUUGGAAUACGAUUCUUAUCAUCUUCGAUCAUUCUUGCCUAAUAUCGACGGAAUUGAAACUAUUCUCAUCCGAAUGAAUAGUUCCGAUAUGCUUCCAUCGUUCGAUGAGUUAGAAUUGCUCAAAGUUUUCGUAAUCUAUCUCUCGGCGUUCGAGAGUGCUACAAAGAUUUUGUCUGCCUCAAAAGCAUAUCCAACGCUAUGUCUUUAUCUUCUUCUUCGCAAAGAGAUCGAACGGAUAUCUCAAUCCGAUGAUGGUGACAAUGAGUUCAUGAUCAAGUUAAAGAUGCUCGUUCAAGAAAAUAUCAACAAAUGA